AUGGGCUCUAGCCAUCGUCCUACUCCUACCACCCUAGUCUUCCUGGUGUUGCUGCUAUGCCUCUUCUAUGCGCCGCGCUGGGCCUUCUCGCUCUCCUUCAACCUCAACUUCUCCGACCCCAUGGCCUUUUCGUCGAUCGCCAUCGCCAGCGAUGCAUUCGCCAAUACGUCAACCCUCGAGCUCACAAAUAUUACACGUGACCCAGAUAUUCAGUACAGCGCCGGCCGGGCAUGGUACGCGCAGAAGGUGCCGCUAUGGAGCAGCGCCACCGGCGAGAUGGCCAGCUUCACCACCACCUUCUCCUUUCGAAUCACUCCGGAAAGCCUCCCGAAUACAGGCGAUGGGAUGACCUUCUUCCUCGGGCAUUUCCCUUCCAAGAUCCCGGAAUACAGCAAGGGGGGCGGCCUCGGCCUCCUCCCCAGGUACACUAACGGAACAGGCGACAGCCGGAUAGUUGCGGUGGAGUUCGACACUGCUUACAAUGUGGAAUGUGACAACAACGGGAACCAUGUCGGCAUUGACGUCAACUCCCUCAACUCAACGGCGUUCACAGACACGACGACCUCGCCGGGAAAGAACCUCACGUCGCUCCAUCUUAUGGAAGCCACGGUGAAGUACCACAAUGAUUCCAAGAUGCUGGCCGUCGAUCUCGUCAUCGGCGAUGCCCUGUACCAGGUCAAUGCAACCGUCGAUCUGAGAGAAUACUUACCGGAGGAGGUCGCUGUUGGCUUCUCCGCAGCGACUGCCCGGUAUGUUGAGCUGCACCAGAUACUGUCAUGGUCAUUCACCUCCACUCUGGUACCAAUUCCAACCAGCAGCAACAACAACAACAAAAGGUUGGUACCAAUUUUAGCAUCUGUCCUAGUUCCUCUGCUUUUUUUCUCUGUCUGUGCGGUGGUGGUACUGGGUUGGCGGCGACACAACAAAGCAAGAGCAAACGAGGACAGCGAAGAAGAGUGCAUCGACAGAGCUGAUCUCGAGAGAGGUGUGGCUGCCGACGGCCCCAGACGGUACAUGUACCACGAGCUUGUCGUCGCAACGAGCAAUUUCGCGGAGGAUGAGAAGCUUGGGCGAGGCGGCUUCGGGAACGUUUACCGGGGUCAUCUCACACUCACACUCGCAAGUGGCAUCGGUGGUGACCAAGACCCUCGUGCGGUGGCGGUGAAGGUGCUGUCUGCAGAUUCAUCGUCCCAGGGGAGGAAGGAGUUUGAAGCAGAGGUGAGGAUCAUCAGCAGACUGAAGCAUCGCAACCUUGUUCAGUUGCUGGGUUGGUGCGACAGCCGCAAGGGGCUCCUGCUUGUCUACGAGCUAGUCACGGAGGGCAGCCUAGACAGGCACCUCUACAGCAACGACGGCAGCUAUCUGACAUGGCCACAGAGGUACAACAUCAUACUCGGCUUGGGAUCCGCGUUGCGCUACCUCCACGGAGAGUGGGAGCAGUGCGUCGUCCAUGGCGACAUCAAGCCCAGCAAUAUCAUGCUUGACUCAUCGCUCAGCACCAAGCUCGGGGACUUCGGGUUGGCCCGGCUGAUCGACCACGGCGCCGGGUUAAUGCACACCACCAAGGCCGUGUUCGGCACCGUGGGGUACAUUGACCCGGAGUUCGUCAACACACGCCGGCCCGGCACUGAGUCCGACGUGUACAGCUUUGGCGUCGUCCUCCUGGAGAUCGCCUCCGGCCGUCGGCCGGUAAUCGAGACCGCUGAGAGAUCCUUCACGCUGCUCAGCUGGGUGUGGAACCUGUACGGGAGGGACGCGAUCCUUGACGCGGCCGACGAGCGGCUGAAGGGCGACGAGACGGACGAGCGAUGGAUGGAGCGGGUACUCGUCGUCGGGCUCUGGUGCGCGCACCCGGACCGGAGCGAGCGGCCAUCCGUGGCGCAGGCCAUGCACGUCCUGCAGUCCGACGAGGCGAGGCUGCCGGCGCUCCCACGGCACAUGUACAGGGCCGCACAGGAUCUUGCGUCGUACGGGUCUUUCUCCGUUGACAGCGCAGGCUCCGGUUGUGUUCGCUCUUCUUCGGUCAGCACCGGCAACACCACUGUUUCUUCCGAGUCGUCCUCGACCGCGCUGCUACGUCAUUCCAAGGAUCAAGCUACGUAG